CUUAAUUAUAGACUAGAUAAAAAGGAUUUUUAUGCUAAUGGUGAAAAUUUAUUCUAUGUACAUUUAAAAGAAAGGAAUAUGUGGUUGUUUGGUAGCGCAAUAUUCCGACAAGAAUUAAUAAAUUGUUUCGAUAUCACAAAUGGUUCUAGUACUUUCCUAACAAGAGUAUUCACAAAAUAUUUAGACGUAACAAGCUCUUACUUAAACUCGAUAGAUUUGAAAAGUUUAGUUAGCGAAUGUUCUUCGCAAACUAGCUUAGACACCGAAAAGAGAAUAAGGAAUUACUCUGAUAUCGUAUUUCAAAACCAGUAUUGCAGCAAAGAAAAUAUGGAAUUUCUUGAAGAAAUAAGCGAUUUCAUUGUUAACUUAAGUAUUUCUCAAGAAGGCGGUUUUUCGGAGGAAAUAAUAUUCAGAACUGUUCUAUAUCUAGAAAUUAUAAUGGUAGCUGUGAGACAUAGCAGAUACGAUGUGGAAAAAUUGCAUAAUUUAGUAGAAACGUCCUCGACUGUUGUUGAGAAUGUCAUAAUUAAUAACAGUUCUUCUAGUGAUGUAAACUAUAGAACGGCAAAAGUUUUGGAAGCAUUUAUAAAUAAAGUCAUGCUGUGUAUGAUCGAAAACGCAGAUGUCCUGUGGAAAAAUAUCGAGAAAGACAAAGUCAUGAGACGUUUAAUGAUUAUAAUUCAAAAGAGCAACAUGAAGAGACCCCUAUCUUUAAGCGUGGAAGUCUUGAAACGUUUCGGUCUUAAAAUGAAUGAAAGUGACACGAAUCAAAAUUAUAAAAUACAGUUCUUGGAUGAUGCGCUGAAAUCGCUGUAUCAAUCUGCAGUUAAAUCGGAUUUAAGGAUUAGAAGGAGUCCUGAAAGUAGACUAGUCAUUCAUGCUAUGUGUAGUUCUGAUACGAAUCCAAAUAAGCCUCUACUCAAAUGGGUUCUUACCAACCUAAUACAAGUCAUAUCUGAUCCGAACAGUGCAGAAUCUGCCAUAUCAUCAGCUCUACACAGCAUAGAAAUUUUAGUUUCCGAUAAUAACUUACAAUGUUCCACUCUACCUUUCAUUUCUGAUAUCAUCGUCCAAUGUGUAGAACUAUUCGCACGAUCCAGCUGGAUUGUCAGGAACGCAGACUUACAGCUUACUAGAGCCAUAAUUGACCGAUUCUACGGGGUUUGUUUAGAUACUUCCAAUAGGCCAAAAUGCAUAGAGGACCUUUUUAUAUUAUUUCCAAAUUUAUCUUUGUACUUCUACAAAGUUUUAUCUUGUGACAAGUUGGACGAACGGGCAAUUCUGGUGUUCCAAUUUUUCUCCGAGUCACAAAUAAAGGAGCAUUUUUGCCAAUCGGACGUAUCUAUAGAACGUUUCUGUCAGUUAUUUAUGAAUAUACUGCAGAGAUAUCCCAAUCACUAUGGAAAAAUGGCGGCACGCUCCUAUUCGGCUAUUUGUUCAUCGAAAGGAAUACCAGAAAAAAUUUGUAGCAUUUUACGUUUCUUCAAAAUUAACUUUAGAUACAUAAGCAAGAACGUCACUGCCAAUUUCACGUUCCUAAUCCAACAGUUGUAUGAGAAAUAUCAAAAUUCAUUUCAACACUGUAUUAGCAAAGAAGGAAUCAAAGUUAUGAACUUUGCUAUAAAAGACCUAUUGACUGAACUCAGAAGAUAUGAUACUCGAUUUUUCGAUUUUGUUUUAUUUAAAGUUAAACCACGAACUGAAAUUUUAAAUGAAUUUGUAAAUUGCCGUAACGAAGAUUUCCGCAAAAGGCUUUGGCUUCAUAAUAAUAUUCCAUUUUUAUUUAUCAGUGCAAAAAAUAAGGAAAUUACCGUUAUCUUAGAAAAAAUUUUGUCGAACGAUUUACUGCAUUGUAUUCAAAUAAAAAUUUUAACGAUAUUGAUUUCAAAGCUUGAGAGCAAUGAAUUUGACAAUGAUAUAAUAAACGAAAUCUUAAAAACUCUGUUUAAGAAAUCAGUUUCUUUAAGUGAUGAAGAUAAUUAUUUAUUAAAUUGUUAUUUUAAAACAAUCCUAGUGUUCUAUCGAUAUAAUCGUAGUUUGAGUUUUAAAGACGAUUCAGUGCAAUUUAAAAUUACGAGUAACGUCUCCAAAUUAAUGAUCUUUGUUUUAUAUUUUUCUGAACAACCAGAACAACUCGAUGAUAAGCAACUUUUCUAUGAUCUUGUAGAGACAAGGUACAUGAAUUUGAAUUCUUUUAGCGAAGAACUAAAGAACGAUAUAAUUUCUACGUUGCCGUACUUGCAGAAGCAAGUUCCAAAACAACUGCUGUUAAAAAUAUUCAAACUGAUAUUUUAUUGUUCGCUUUUUUAUUCCACCCAUUUAGAAACAUAUAGAUGUAUAACUUAUAUUACUGGGAAAAGUUAUUCCAGCAUUCUCAGCGCUUUCAAGGAUUUUUUCUCCGUACAAAAUUUGUCUUUGCAUUUAAAAGACAGAACGUUAGUGGCAAGUUUUUUUAGUGAUGUUAUUAAAUAUGUACCUGAACACAUUCAACGAAUACAAUCAGACGGGUACUAUUCGGAAGAGAGCGACAUUUUGAUACCAAAGUUGUUUUUAGAAAGGUUAAUAAACAGUGAGGUUAAAAAAAUUUAAUUUUGGGUAUGUCAUCGGUUCUAGUUAUGCCACUACCAUGGAUAGACAGAACACUUUAAGGGGUUUAACAGUUCUAUGGGUUUAACAUGACAAAAGUAGUACUAUGGCUGGUACCGUCAUCUAAAAAUCCCUAAAUCUUAGCGUCACUAAUAUUAAUGAUUCGUUUACAAGGAACAAUGACAAACCGUUACAUCUACGCCUGAGAUAAUGCGUCCAUUUGAAUAAAAUCGUGUGAAAAAUUACACCAAUUGACAGCCAGUGAAACAGAAUGUUGUGUUUUAAUGUAAG